CUGGCCGGGACCUAUAAAGCUUCAGAAGCACUAAGCACGUUCUGACAUGACUCUCAUGACAUAUUUUCCCCGAUUUCUAACCGCUCAGUUCUCAGGAUCUCCGCUCCCUAGCGAUCGAGCUGUGUUCAAACCCUAACCAGCUUUCGAAACUUCAACCUCGGUCCCCUCUUUUACUGUCUACUAUCUCGAUGACAGUUUUUCUACUUCGAUCAUUGUUAACUUGUGGAUUGAUCGGACGAUAAUAGUGAUCGUUCCUGAUACAUAGCUGGUCCUCUUCUUCACCAUGUUCGAAGCUCACGUGCUGCAUUUGCUUAGGAGAUAUUUGGGCGAAUAUGUACAUGGACUCUCAACGGAGGCCUUAAGAAUAAGUGUCUGGAAAGGUGAUGUAGUUCUUAAGGAUUUGAAGUUGAAGGCAGAGGCACUAAAUGCGCUAAAACUCCCUGUUACUGUCAAAGCUGGCUUUGUUGGUACAAUCACAUUGAAGGUUCCUUGGAAAAGUUUGGGCAAAGAACCUGUUAUUGUUCUUAUUGAUAGGAUCUUUGUUCUUGCUUAUCCUGCUCAGGAUGGCCGGACAGUGAAGGAGGAGGACAGACAAAAACUCUUUGAAGCCAAGAUCCAACAGAUUGAGGAAGCAGAAUCAGCUACUCUUGAUGCAAUAUCCAAGUCAAAGCUGGGAAGUUCACCGUCUGGAAAUUCAUGGCUGAGUUCUAUAAUUGCUACAAUUAUUGGAAAUCUUAAGAUAUCUAUUAGCAAUGUUCAUAUCAGAUAUGAAGACACGGUCAGUAAUCCAUGGCACCCAUUUUCUUGUGGUGUUACUUUGGCUAAGCUUGCUGCUGUUACAAUGGAUGAACAUGGCAAUGAAACCUUUGAUACUAGUGGUGCUUUGGAUAAAUUGCGGAAGUCCUUGCAACUUGAGAGGCUAGCUCUUUAUCAUGAUUCUGACUGUCCUCCCUGGGAAAUUGACAAGAGAUGGGAGGAUAUGAGUCCACAAGAAUGGAUUGAGAUCUUUGAAGAUGGCAUAAAUGAAACUUCUGCUGACAAGAGGUUGGUUUCUAAGUGGGCUAUGAACCGUACAUACUUGGUGUCCCCUAUCAAUGCAAAUCUACAGUAUCAUCGUCUUGGAAAUGAGGAAAGAAACGAUCCAGAAAUUCCAUUUGAGAAAGUCUCCCUCGUCCUCAGUGAUGUCUCUCUUACUGUUACAGAGGCUCAAUAUCAUGAUUGGAUUAAACUAGUGGAAGCUGUUUCGAGAUACAAGACAUAUUUGGAAGUUUCUCAUUUAAGGCCUUCAAUUCCAGUUCCAAAGGCCCCCAAAUUAUGGUGGAAGUAUGCUGCUCAAGCUGGGUUACAGCAGAAGAGGAUGUGUUAUCGCUUGUCAUGGGAUCAAAUUCAGCAUCUUUGUCAGCGUCGUCGGCUGUACAUUCAAUUGUAUAUGGCUUCUCUUCAACAUUCGUCACAUGUUGAUCAUACAGAAAUUAGAGAAAUAGAGAAAGAUCUCGAUCCAAAAGUAAUCCUAUUGUGGAGGUUACUAGCUCAUGCCAAAGUUGAAUCUGUGAAAUCAAAGGUAGCAGCUCAACGAAGGAUGGUCAAUAAAAGAAGUUGGUUUUCAUUCAGAUGGCGUGAUGACACAGAAGAAGCCUUGUCUGAUGAUGCCUCUGAGGAACUGAAGUUUACAGAGCAAGGAUUGACAAAAGAGGAAUGGGAGGCAAUCAAUAAGUUACUAAGUUACCAGCCUGAUGAGGACUUGGCAGUUACUUCAAAGGACAUGCAGAAUAUGAUAAAGCUUUUGGUAACCAUAUCUAUUGGUCAGGCUGCAGCUAGGAUUAUUAGUGUGAAUCAGAUGGAAAUUGUCUGUGGUCGAUUUGAGCAACUUAAAGUGUCAACCAAGUUCAAGCAUCGCAGCAUCUACUGUGAUCUUCUACUAAAAUUUUAUGGUGUAUCUGCUCCUGAAGGUUCCCUUGCUCAGAGCGUCUCUAGUGAGCAGAAGGUGAAUGCAUUAGCUGCUAGUUUUGUGCACUUGCCAAUCGGGGAGAAUAUUGACUGGAGGCUGUCAGCUACAAUUUCUCCUUGCCAUGUUACGGUAUUGAUGGAAAGCAUUGAUCGCUUCCUAGAGUUUGUUAGGAGAAGUAAUGCAGUCAGUCCUACAGUUGCGUCGGAGACGGCUACUGCUCUGCAGAUGAAAUUUGAGAAAGUAACUCGUCGAGCACAGGAGCAAUUCCAAAUGGUUUUAGAGGAACAAAGAAGAUUUGCAUUUGACAUUGACCUUGAUGCUCCAAAAGUAAGAGUUCCUCUCAGAUCCAGUGGUUCCCCGAAAUGUGAUAGUCACUUCAUUUUGGAUUUUGGUCACUUUACGCUGCACACAUUGGAAAGUCAGGCUGAUGAGCAGAGGAAAAAUCCUUAUUCUCAAUUUUUGAUAUCUGGACGAGAUAUUGCUGCUUUUUUUACAGACUGUUGCUCUGAUUAUGGGAAUUGCAGCUUGGUGAAACCAAGUGAUGAUAAUCAGCAACUGUUUUCAUCUGUUGCGGAAAGAGUUGAAAAUCAAUGUUCCCUUAUUGAUAGGUGUGGAAUGGCCGUGCUUGUAGAUCAGAUUAAAGUGCCACAUCCAAGUUACCCGUCAACUCGUAUCUCGGUCCAAGUGCCAAACUUGGGGAUUCACUUUUCUCCGGAGAGAUAUUUUAAAAUCAUGGAACUGCUGAACAUAUUUUAUGGGACGAUUGAAACCUGUAGUCAGCCUGCUGUGGAUAACUUCCAAGCUAAACUUGCUCCUUGGAGUUUUGCAGAUCUUGCUGCUGAUGGUAGAAUCCUGGUUUGGCGGGGAAUUGGCAACUCAAUUGCUGCAUGGCAGCCUUGUUUCCUGUUGCUUUCAGGAUCAUAUUUAUAUGUAUUUGAAUCGUCAAAGUCUCAAAGUUACCAGAGAUACCUAAGUAUGGGCGGUAGGCAAGUCCUUGAGGUUCCUCCCGCAAAUAUUGGUGGCUCCCCAUUUUGUAUUGCUGUAUGUUUCAGGGGAAUGGACAUCCAGAAGGCUCUUGAAUCUUCCGGCACCUGGAUAUUAGAUUUUCGAGAUGAAGAGGAAAAGGCUACCUGGUUUAAGGGACUUGUACAAGCGACAUACCAAGCUUCUGCUGCUCCAUCAGUUGAUGUGCUUGGUGAGUCAAAUGUUGAUACAGCUACCAGCAGUUAUGUACAUCAGGGAAAUGAAAGAUCAAUUGACCUUACUAUUAAAGGGGCGUUAAUGGAAAUGAAGCUAUUUAUAUAUGGAAAGGUUGGAGAUACUGUAGAUGGGAAACUUGAUGAGUGUCUGAUUCUUGAAGUUCUUGGUGGUGGGGGAAAGGUGCAUUUAGUUCAUGCAGACAGUGACCUGACAGUCAAGAUGAAACUGCAUUCUUUGAAAAUUAAGGAUGAACUUCAGAGUCACGUAUCAGCGGGUGAACACUAUCUAGCUGUUUCAGUGCUGAAGAAUGAAACUCCUGCUGGCUCAGGCUCAUUGAAUUCUCAUGGGAAGGAUGUACCAGUCGGGCUUCCUGAAGAUGAUGAUAGUUUUAUGGAUGCAUUAUCUGAAUUCAUGUCUCAACAGGAUGUUGGAAACUAUAUGCAUAAUAUAUCUCUAGAUCAGCAGGGGCUGGUGGGGAUUCCAGCUGAUUUUGAGUCACUUAAAACCUUUAUUCAUGAAAAGGGAGUUGACGAGGGACAAGGUACUCCUCGUGAGGUAUAUUAUGAGAUAGAGGGAGUUGAUAAUUUAGAUUUCAUUUCUGUGGCCUUUUCAACUAGGAGUUCUAGCUCACCUGAUUAUGAUGGCAUAGAUACACAGAUGAGUGUUCGCAUGUCCAAACUGGAAUUUUUCUGCAACCGGCCCACUAUUGUUGCACUGAUAAAUUUUGGCUUGGAUACAAGCUCUGUGAGUUACAUGACAAAUCAUAUGGAGACAAUGGCAACUGCUCAGGAGCACUCUCUGGUGAACAAGGAGAAAAUUGAUGAGAAAGGGCAAGUCAAAGGAUUGUUGGGCUUUGGAAAAGAGCGUGUUUUAUUUUAUUUAAAUAUGAAUGUAGACAGUGUAACUAUGUUCCUCAACAAGGAGGAUGGCUCUCAACUUGCUACACUUGUACAAGAGAGCUUCCUAUUGGAUCUUAAGGUUCACCCAAGUUCUCUAUCCAUUGAAGGCACAUUAGGCAACUUUAGGCUUUGUGAUAGAUCCCUUGGAACAGAUCACUGUUGGGCUUGGCUUUGUGACUUGCGCAAUCCUGGCACUGACUCACUUAUCAGGUUCAAAUUCAAUUCAUAUCAGGUUGAAGACGAUGAGUAUCAAGGAUAUGACUACAGCUUGCAGGGUCACCUUUCUGCUGUUCGCAUUGUUUUCCUGUACAGAUUUGUUCAAGAGAUAAUGGUGUAUUUUAUGGAACUUGCUUCUCCGCAUACUGAAGAAGCAACCAAACUUGUUGAUAAAGUUGGAGGAUUUGAAUGGCUGAUUCAGAAAUGUGAAAUUGAUGGGUCUGCUGCACUCAAGCUGGAUCUUACACUUGACACUCCAAUUAUUAUUGUUCCAAGAGAUUCCCAAAGCAAGGAAUUUAUUCAACUUGAUCUGGGAAAGUUGCGUAUCACAAAUGAAUUCAGUUGGAGUGGUUCUCCAGAAGAUCCUUCAGCUGUCCACAUGGAUCUUCUUUAUGCUCAGAUUCUGGGUAUCAACAUGACUAUUGGAAUUGAUGAUUGUCUUGGAAAACCAAUGAUACGUGAAGGUCAAGGACUUGAGAUUCUUGUUCGUCGAAGCUUAAGGGAUGUUUUCAGGAAAGUCCCUUCUUUCUCUCUUGAAGUAAAGGUGGAUCUAUUGCAUGCUGUGUUGUCUGAAAAAGAAUAUAAAGUGAUUUUGGAUUGUACAUACAUGAAUUUAUCUGAAGAGCCAACGCUUCCUCCUAGCUUUCGUGGUGGAAAUUCCAUUUCAAAGGAUACUAUUAGGCUUCUGGUUGAUAAGGUUAACAUGAACAGUCAACUUUUACUAUCACAGACGGUUACAGUUGUUGCUGUUGUGGUCAAUCACGCUUUACUAGAGCUGUGUUAUGGCACUGACGAGGAAUCCCCAUUGGCUCAUAUUGCUCUGGAAGGUCUUUGGGCUUCAUAUCGCAUGACUUCGUUAUCUGAAAAAGACCUCUAUGUGACAAUUCCCAAAUUUUCCAUUCUCGAUGUCCGGCCUCACACAAAGCCUGAAAUGCGUCUAAUGCUUGGAUCAUCUUUUGAUGCUUCCAAACAAAUAGUUCCUGGAAAAAUUCCUUUUUCCUUCAAUAAAAGUAGUUCUUGGAGGAUGAGCGAUGAAGCGGGAACUGACAUUGAUUUGCCUAUUUUGACAAUGUUCUUGAUGGAUUACAGAUGGCGUGUGUCAUCUCAGUCAUUUGUAAUACGUGUGCAACAACCUCGGGUUCUUGUUGUGCCUGAUUUUCUCCUUGCUGUGGCUGAAUUUUUUGUGCCUUCUUUGGGGGCAUUAACUGGAAGAGAGGAAUGCAUGGAUCCGAAGAAUGAUCCCAUUCGCAAAAACAAUAGGAUAGUUUUGAUGGAACCUGUUUACAAGCAGACAGAAGAUGUAGUACACCUCUCUCCAUCUAAACAGUUAGUGGCAGAUUGCAUUGGCAUUGAUGAAUUUAUAUAUGAUGGUUGUGGAAAGUGUAUCUGUUUGAGUGUUGAAAAAGACGCAAAGGAAUUGCGGAGUACAAAUUUUCGACCAAUUAUUUUCAUUGGACGUGGAAAGAGACUGCGGUUUGUCAAUGUAAAAAUUGAGAAUGGUUCUCUUUUAAGGAAGUAUACAUACCUGAGUAAUGAUAGCAGCUACUCCGUGUCUGUUGAUGAUCGUGUCAAUAUAGUGUUCCUGAAUAAUUCCUUAUCCGGUGACAAGAGCAUAGACCAAGAUCUUCAAUCAGCAGAGAGCUUGAAUUCUACAUAUUCUCAAUGCGACUCAAAUGAAAUUCAGAGUUUCACCUUUGAAACCCAGGUUAUAUCUCCGGAGUUCACCUUCUAUGAUGGUACUAAAUCUUUUCUGGAUGAUUCAUCAUAUGGUGAGAAGCUUAUUCGUGCGAAGUUGGACUUGAGCUUCAUCUAUGCCUCCAAAGAAAAAGACACUUGGAUAAGAGCUCUGGUGAAGGAUUUUACUGUUGAGGCUGGUUCUGGUCUUAUCAUUCUGGAUCCAGUGGAUAUUUCAGGGGGAUACACUUCUGCAAAGGACAAAACAAAUAUUUCAUUAAUAUCAACUGACAUAUGUCUCCAUCUUUCACUUAGUGCAAUUUCUCUUAUACUCAAUCUGCAGAGUCAGGCAUCUGCAGCGCUUAACUAUGGAAAUGCAACUCCCUUGGUUCCAUGUACCAACUUUGAUCGAAUUUGGGUUUCUCAAAAAGGAAACAAUAUUACAUUUUGGAGGCCUCAAGCUCCAACAAAUUAUGUUGUAUUAGGUGAUUGUGUGACAUCAAGGCCAAUACCCCCUUCACAGGCAGUAAUGGCAGUGAGCAACACAUAUGGAAGAGUAAGAAAGCCAGUUCGUUUUCUUCUUAUUGGUUCAUUCACAAAUAAUCAAGGCCUUGGAGAUGAGGGUUACACUGAUGCUAGCAGUGAUUGCUCUCUGUGGAUGCCUGUUGCACCCCCAGGAUACACAGCCCUUGGUUGUGUAGCACAUUUAGGGAAUCAACCGCCACCAAAUCAUGUUGUUUACUGCCUGCGUUCUGAUCUUGUAACAUCAACUUUGUAUUCGGAUUGCUUAUUUAUUUCUCCUGCCCAUGUUGCCUCUCAUUUUAGCAUCUGGCGUCUUGAUAAUGUUAUUGGGUCCUUCUUUGCCCAUUCUUCAACUAGAUGUCCUCCUGAAGAUAGAUGUUAUGACCUAAGUCAUCUGCUUCUCUGGAGCUCAAAUCGGGCUCAGCCUUCUCCAUUAGAUGCAGUUUCAGAUUUCAGUUCUUGUGAUAGGGAAAAUCAGCAAGCAAUUCAAGGUGCAAAUACAUCUGGAUGGGAUAUUUUGAGGUCCAUGUCAAAAGCUACCAAUUAUAUGUCUUCACCUAACUUUGAGAGAAUUUGGUGGGACAAAGGUAGUGAGUUUCGUCGUUCGGUCUCGAUAUGGCGACCUGUUGCACGUCUUGGUUAUGCUGUCUUGGGUGAUUGCAUCACUGAAGGGCUUGAACCUCCUGCUCUGGGAAUAAUUUUCAAAAAUGACAAUCCUGAUGUCUCUGCCAAACCUGUUCAGUUUACUAAAGUUGCGCAUAUCGUGGGGAAAGGAAUCGAGGAAAUUUUCUUCUGGUACCCUAUAGCUCCUCCUGGUUAUGUUUCUCUCGGAUGUGUUGUCUCCAAGACAGAUGAACCGCCAUGUGCUGAUCUGUUUUGCUGCCCAAGGAUGGAUCUUGUUAGCCAAGCAAACAUCCAUGAGGUUCCACUCUCAAGAUCUUCAAGUUCAAGGGCACCCCAUUGCUGGAGCAUUUGGAAAGUAGAAAACCAGGCUUGCACCUUCUUGGCUCGAUCUGAUCUCAAAAAGCCGUCAAGCCGAUUAGCCUACAUAAUUGGUGACCCAAUUAAGCCCAAGACGCAAGAAAACAUAACUGCUGAUGUGAGGCUAAGAUUCUUGUCUCUGACAAUUUUGGACAGCAUAUAUGGAAUGGCAAUGACACCGCUGUUUGACACAACCAUUACGAACUUAAAGCUUGCAACACAAGGUCGCCUAGAAUCCAUGAAUGCAGUACUGAUUUCUUCGAUUGCUGCAUCAACCUUCAAUGCACAAUUAGAGGCAUGGGAGCCACUUGUGGAGCCAUUUGAUGGAAUAUUCAAGUUUGAAACUUAUCAUUCAAACGUAAACUUGCCAUCUGGACUUGCAAAGAGAAUUCGCAUUGCUGCUACCAAUAUUCUGAAUGUGAAUAUUAGUGCAGCAAAUCUUGAGUCCUUUGUGGGAUGCAUUCUCUCAUGGAGAAGACAGUUAGAGCUUGAACAGAAAGCAUCUAAGCUAAAAGAGGAGGCUGGUAAUCUGCAAAGAAAUGGGGGUGAUGCAACUUUUUCUGCACUGGAUGAGGAUGAUUUACAGACGGUUGUAGUAGAGAAUAAACUUGGGUGUGAUAUCUAUGUGAAAAAAGUUGAGCAAGAUGUAGAUAUGGUCGACAAACUACAUCAUGGUGAUUGUGCUUCUGUGUGGAUUCCACCUCCAAGGUUUUCAGAUAGGUUAAAUGUUUCAGAUGAAUCAAGAGAGGCACGUUGUUAUAUUGCUGUUAAGAUACUUGAGGCCAAGGGUUUACUUCUCAUUGAUGAUGGAAACAGCCAUAACUUCUUCUGUGCUUUGCGCCUUGUCGUGGAUACCCAGGCAACUGAACAGCAAAAGUUGUUUCCCCAGAGUGCUAGAACUAAAUGUGUGAAACCUACAGUUUCGGGAAUUAAAGAUCAGGUUGAAGGCACAGUAAAGUGGAAUGAGCUCUUUAUAUUCGAAGUUCCUCGAAAGGCCCCUGCUAAGAUGGAAAUAGAGGUCACAAAUCUGGCUGCUAAAGCUGGAAAAGGUGAAGUUGUGAGUUCCCUGUCUUUUCCUGUCGGACAUGAUACAAAUAUGUUAAGGAAGGCCGCUUCUAUGAAAAUGGUUCAUCAUCCGUAUGAUGCUCAGAAUAUAACAUCAUAUCCGCUCAGGAGAAUGGUUCAACAAAACAAUGUUGAAGACUUCCAGAAUGGAAGCCUCUUUGUCUCAACAUCUUCUGUUGAAAGAAAUACAAUUGCAAAUCUUCAAAAAGAUGCAAUAAGUGAGAACGAUGCUGAUAGAGACACAGGAUUUUGGGUAGGGCUUGGCCCUGAGGGUGAAUGGAAAAGUGUACGGUCAUUGCUUCCACUUUCUGUGGUUCCUAAAUCCUUAGAAAAUGAAUUCUUUGCCAUGGAAGUCGUCAUGAAAAAUGGCAAGAAACAUGCUAUAUUCCGCAGUCUUGUUACAGUAGUGAAUGAUUCGGAUGUUGCAUUGAACAUAUCUACAUGCCACUCAUCUUUGAGUCUUGGAACUGAUUACUCACGUGGUGUUAGCAGUAAUAUUAGUGCUGUUGAAGAGGUCUUUCAGAAUCAGUAUUAUCACCCUACGUCUGGUUGGGGUAACAAAUGGCCAACUCACCUUGGAAAUGUUGGCCACUGGAGUACAAGAGACUUCUCUCACACAUCAAAGGACUUCUUUGAACCACCACUCCCUCCAGGAUGGAAAUGGAUGUCAGGGUGGACCAUUGAUAAAAGUCCAUUUGUUGAUAAUGAUGGCUGGACAUAUGGGUCUGACCUUGUAUCCUUAAAGUGGCCUCCCACUUCCAAAUUUUCAGCAAGAACAGCCUCUGAUGUUAUGCGUAGAAGGCGAUGGGUUCGUUCGAGAAAAAAUCUCUCUGCACAAGGAGUAGAGUCCAUGCAGAGUGAAGCCACUAUUGUGAAUCCUGGUGCUGCUUCUGUUUUGUGUUGGCAAAGCACAACCAAAGGCUCUGAUGAAUGUUUACAAGUUCGACCUAGAUUAGAUGAUCCUCAGUUUUUAUAUUCAUGGGGCCAUACAGUAGCUGUUGCUUCAAGUUCUAUGUUUGGCAAAGACCAGCUCCUACUAAAUGAAAGUUCUAAACAGAAUUCUUUGAUGCCCAACUGCUCCUUGAAACUAAAUCAGCUUGAAAAAAAGGAUGUACUUUUGUGCUGUUCUCCUAGUGGUGGAAAUAAGUUGUUUUGGCUUAGCGUAGGAACAGAUGCCUCAGUUCUUAAUACCGAACUAAAUGCACCAAUAUAUGACUGGAAAAUAUCCGUCAAUUCUCCUAUGAAGUUGGAAAACCGGCUUCCCUGUCCUGCUGAGUUUAAAGUAUGGGAAAAACCAAAGGAGGGAAAAUUCAUUGAGCGGCAUCACAGUGUCAUAUCCUCUCGCCAAAGUGCACAUAUCUAUUCAGCAGAUAUCCAGAGACCCUUGUAUCUUACUCUGUCUGUGCAGGGAGGUUGGCUUAUGGAAAAGGACCCUGUUCUUGUACUGGAUCCUUCUUUUACCAACCACGUCGCAUCGUUCUGGAUGAUUCACCAGCAAAGUAGAAGGAAAUUGCGUGUGAGCAUUGAAUACGAUAUGGGUGCGACAAGUGUUGCCCCAAAGACUUUAAGGCUUUUUGUUCCCUAUUGGAUUGUCAAUGAGUCAUCUUUGGCUUUGGCAUAUCGUGUGGUGGAAGUAGAACCUUUGGAAAAUACAGACAUGGAUUCUGUUUUACUCUCUAGGGCAGUGAAGUCUGCCAAAACAGCCUUGAAAAAUCCUUUAAGUUCAAUGGAUAAAAGGCACUCUAUUUCAAGGAGAAACCUUCAGGUACUUGAAGAUAUUGAAGACAGCAGCCCAUUUCCUAGCAUGCUUUCACCGCAAGAUGAUGCUGUUCGAAGUGGACUUACAGUCUUUCAAUCUCAAAAAGAUACUAGCCUGUCACCUCGGGUGGGCAUUGCAGUUGCCAUGAACCAGUCUGAAGUGUAUAGCCCUGGGAUUUCUCUCCUUGAGCUGGAAAACAAGGAGCGUAUUGAUGUCAAGGCUUUCGAUUCAGAUGGAUCUUACUGCAAACUUUCAGCAUUAUUGAACAUGACUUCUGACAGAACAAAGGUGGUUCAUUUCCAGCCACACACGCUGUUUAUUAAUAGGGCUGGAUGUAGUCUAUGCCUGCAGCAAUGUAGUUCUGAGGCAUCCAUGUGGAUUCAUCCUACUGAUUCUCCAAAAUCCUUUUUGUGGCAGUCAUCUGCCAAAGUGGAAUUGUUGAAGCUGUGCAUGGAAGGAUACCAAUGGAGUGCACCAUUUAGUGUGGACAAUGAAGGUGAGAUGCGCAUUAACUUGAAAAAAAAAGUUGGAGAUGGCCAAAUGCAAUUAAGAGUACUAGUAAGAAGUGGUGCCAAGCGGUCACGUUCUGAAGUUAUAUUUCGUCCAAAUUCAUUAUCAAGUCCCUACAGGAUUGAGAAUCAUUCGAUGUUCUUGCCCAUUUGCUUUCGUCAAGUUGAUGGUACCAGUGAUUCUUGGCAGCUGCUUCUUCCAAAUGCUGCUGCUUCGUUUCUGUGGGAAGAUGUUGGGAGAAGACGUUUGUUGGAGCUCUUAGUAGAUGGAACUGACACAUUGAAAUCACUGAAGUAUGAUAUUGAUCAAAUUUCUGAUAAUCAGCCUAUCCAUGUAACUGAUGAAUUGAACAGAGCCUUGUGUGUUACCAUUGUAAAGGAAGAGAAAAUCAGUGUUGUCAAGAUCAGUGAUUGGAUGCCAGAAACUGAACCUACAGGGGUUCUGAGUGGAAAAUCUUUGUCAUCAAUGUCUCAGAUCUAUAAAAGUGAUUCUCAGAAGCAACAAUCCCUGUCUGUUGCAGAUUGUGAAUUCCACAUAUUUUUUGAGCUUGCUGAGCUUGGAAUAUCUGUUAUUGAUCAUACACCCGAGGAAAUAUUAUACCUAUCUAUUCAGAAUCUCGUUCUAGCAUAUUCAACUGGUCUGGGCUCUGGAAUCAAUAGGUUUAAACUCAGAAUGCGUGGCUUACAGGUGGACAACCAGCUGCCAUUAACUCCAAUGCCAGUUCUCUUCCGUCCACAAAGACUAGUGGCAGAAUCUGACUAUAUCCUAAAAUUCUCCAUGACAAUGCAGUCAAAUGGAUCGCUGGAUCUCUGUGUCUAUCCAUAUAUUGGUCUUCAUGGCCUGGAGAAUUCGGCUUCCUUUUUGAUAAACAUUCAUGAACCUAUUAUUUGGCGCCUUCAUGAAAUGAUCCAGCAGGUGAAGCUCAGUAGGCUGUAUGAUUCUCAAACAACGGCUGCUUCAGUUGAUCCGAUAAUUCAAAUUGGUGUGCUCAAUAUCUCAGAAGUUCGGUUAAAGGUGUCUAUGGCUAUGUCACCCAGUCAAAGGCCAAGGGGUGUGCUUGGGUUCUGGGCAUCUUUAAUGACUGCUUUGGGGAACACAGAAAAUAUGCCUGUCAGGAUUAAUCCAAAGUUUCAUGAGAACGUGUGCAUGAGGCAGAGUUCUAUGAUUAGCAUGGCUAUCUCAAAUAUCCGGAAGGAUCUUCUGGGGCAACCACUUCAGCUUCUGUCAGGUGUUGAUAUCUUGGGUAAUGCAAGCAGUGCACUUGGACAUAUGAGUAAAGGUGUGGCUGCACUAUCAAUGGACAAGAAGUUUAUCCAAAGUCGUCAGAGACAGGAAACCAAAGGUGUGGGGGAUUUCGGUGAUGUCAUCAGAGACGGAGGUGGGGCAUUAGCUAAAGGUUUAUUCAGAGGAGUAACUGGCAUAUUAACAAAGCCUCUUGAAGGCGCAAAAACUUCUGGUGUUGAAGGUUUUGUUCAAGGCGUUGGGAAGGGAAUUAUUGGUGCAGCUGCACAGCCAGUGAGUGGAGUUUUGGAUCUUCUGUCAAAAACAACCGAAGGUGCCAAUGCUAUGAGAAUGAAAAUUGCAGCUGCUAUCACAUCUGAUGAACAGCUUCUCCGGAGGAGACUGCCUCGGGUAAUAAGUGGUGAUAAUUUGCUUCAACUAUAUGAUGAGUACAAAGCUCAAGGACAGGUUAUAUUGCAGCUUGCAGAAUCAGGUUCAUUUUUUGGUCAGGUUGAUCUUUUCAGAGUUCGUGGAAAGUUUGCGCUAUCGGAUGCCUAUGAAGACCACUUUCUGCUUCCAAAAGGGAAAAUCCUUAUGGUCACUCAUCGGAGAGUCAUACUAUUGCAACAACCUUCCAAUAUUAUUGGUCAGAGGAAGUUCAGCCCUGCAAAGGAUCCUUGCUCGAUAUUGUGGGAUGUACUCUGGGAUGACCUCGGGACAAUGGAAUUGACAAAUGGAAAGAAAGACAGCCCAAAAGCUCCCCCUUCACGGCUCAUUUUAUAUUUGAAUUCAUCAUUGGAUUCGAAAGAAAAUAUUCGCACUAUAAAAUGUCAUAGUGAAUCCAAGCAAGCUCUUGAAGUUUAUCUUGCAAUCGAACAUGCAAUGAACACUUAUGGCCCAAAUUCGUCAAAGGGAGUAGUUAAAAAAAUAGUGGCAAAGCCAUAUUCCCCAUGUACUGACAGCCCCAGUGGUGAUUUCGUACCUAAAGACGGGGUUUGCUCCAUGUCCCCUCAAAUGAUGCCUGGGUCAGUUCUCCUUGCUUCAACUUUCGGAAGCUGUACUAAGCAGUUGGAGUGAGUGUUCAUUGGACAUCAAUCGCCAUAUCAACAACUGCUCCGUUUGAUCCUCAAUCCAGGCCCACUUGCCUCCAGUCCGAAAGGUCGGGCUGAGCAAACUAGUUCGAACUUGCUAAUGGGCAUAUUUGAUAUCCUGAGACGGGGAAAUCCAUUAAAAGGCCGUUUCCUUUGCGACCUUACAUUACUUUGGUAUCCCCCAAUUUUUCCCGCCACCUAUCUUCUGCGAUUAAUAGAUUUUACUGUCUAAGCAUUCUUUUUAUGUACACCAAUUGUUCUGGUGUGCGUGUAUAUAUAUAUAUAUAUGGUUAUCAAAAUCAUUUCACUUUGUACAUAUACAAUAUCACAGCGAGAUGGACGGUAUUUAUAUAAUUGUCCUUCUCUAUUGAUUUUUAUUAUUGAUAUUGUAGAGAGAGGCGAUGUUAUUAUACUCGA